AUGGAUUCUCCACGGGAGGACCUGAGCCUCCCUGGCGUGUGGGUCUCACUGUACUUUGGAUUCCUGGGGCUGUGUUCUGUGGCAACUGGUGGCUGCAUUCUCUUUCUACACUGGAGGAAGAAUUUGCGACGAGAAGAGCGUGCCCAGGAGUGGGUUGAUGUGAUGAGAGCCUCCACAUUCACCUACAGUCCGCUGUUAUAUUGGAUUAACAAGCGACGGCAGUAUGGCAUGAAUGCAGCUAUCAACAUGGGCCCUCCCCCUGCUGUCACUAAGACCGAGACUGAGGCCCCAAAUUCAGAUGCUCUGUGGGAAUUCGAUGUCCAUGAAGGCAUGGACCAUUCUGUCCAUGACAGCACUCCCAAAGUGGAAGCCCCUGUCUCCCUGCAAUCUGCGCUGCAGCUGAUCCCUCAACAGCCUCUACCCACCCUAAUGCCGAAGCCUCAGGCCAGCUCUCCACUGCCGAUCCCCAUUUUUGAGGAGGUGCCCUAUGCCUUGUCCAUGUGCAACCUACCCCCCAUGCUGAACCAUUCUGUCUCCUACCCUUUGGCCAUCUGUCCUGAGAGGAAUAUCCACUUUCAUUCCCUUCCUAACAUGGCCCGUGGUGACCACCGGGCCAGUGCCAAGCCUUUUGCUUCCGAAUUGUAG